AUGCUUUAUAGUAAAGUGGCCCGCGGCUUGGGUUCAAGAAGCGUCGUUACAGCAGUAAAGAGAGUGGUCAAUGCUAAGGCUCCCAUUUCCCCUGUGAGGGAUGAAGAAAGGGCGAGUUUUUCUGCAGGGCAAAGCGCGGAACCCCCAGUGCCACUGGCAAAAUCUGGUGGCUACGGAAAACCCCUCAGCGAUGCUUUUAAAGGAUACGCUCUCGAAUCCAAUGCAUCACACAGCAGUCCUUCGACAAUAGUACCGCAGUCUUCGGAGGUCAAUUGGGCAGUAUCCUUCCAAGGUCUGGGUUCUCGUCCAUUUGACGAUGUCGUGCAGUCAGAGCUCAGCAAGCCCAUCUCUCCAGAGGAUAUUGAAGUCAAACCCGAUGGCUUGAUAUACUUGCCGGAAAUCAAGUAUCGUCGUAUAUUAAACCGAGCUUUUGGUGCUGGAGGCUGGGGCCUGGUACCUAGAUCGGAGACCAUCGUCACAGAUAAGCUCGUGACAAGAGAGUAUGCGCUGGUGUGCCAUGGACAGUUGGUGAGCUUGGCGCGUGGGGAGCAAGAUUAUUUCGCGGACUCGGGAAUUCCUACGGCCACGGAGGGUUGCAAGAGUAACGCUUUAAUGAGGUGUUGUAAAGAUUUGGGUAUUGGGUCUGAGCUAUGGGAUCCCGUGUUCAUUAAAAGUUUCAAGAAGCAGCACUGCGUUGAUAAAUUCGUAGAGCACGUUACCACAAAGAAGAAGCGUAAGAUCUGGUUGCGCAAAGACCGGGAGGUUGAAUAUCCUUAUAAAUAG